AUGAGAUCUACCAGGGAAGAGAUGGAAAAUGAUGCCCAAAAAUUUUAUAGAAUAUCAAGAUUCCCCAGAGUUAUAGAUGCCAUCGAUUGCACACUGGUUAGAAUAGAUUAUGUCGGAGGUUCCGUCGCUGAAAUAUUCAGGUCUCGCAAAAACUUCUUGGCACUCAAUGUUCAAACUGUUAGCGAUGCAAACCUGAGAAUAAAGAACAUUGUCGCUCGUUGGCCAGGCUCGGCUCAUGACGAAACCAUUUUUAAAAAUAGUAUUUUGAAGAAUGAGUUUGAGCGUGACGAGUAUGAGCCAUAUAUUUUGAUAAGAGACAGCGGUUAUCAUCUUGAACCAUACUUGACGACCAAGUUGCGCAGGGUCAUGAUGAAUGCAGAAAAUUUAUACAAUGAAUCUAUAAUCAGAACAAGAAAUGUUGUGGAGAGACAAUAUGGUGUGUGGAAAAAACAAUUCCCAGUUCUGAGCGUCGGAAUGCGCCUCAAACUUAACACCAUUAUAGCCGUCAUUAUAGCAACAGCGGUUUUACAUAAUAUGGCUAUUGAUUGGAGCGAUGAACCUCUACCUGAGUGA